GGCUGUGUGUCUGAGUGGGAGAUGGACUGAGUGAGGGCGCUCUUUCGACCACUGCUGCCGAUAGCAUUGCAAUACCCUACAAGCUAGGUUGAAAUAAUUGACGAUUUCAGGUCGCUGAAUCAACAAGAAAAACACAGUACCGUUAACAGUCUUUCACAUCCCACUCCAAACACACUAACACGGCAUUGAUGGUAAUGUAUGCAAGGAAACAACCGAGACUCGGCGAUGGGUGCGACCGAAGAGAUUCUCAGCCCUAUCAGACUCUCAAAUACUCAUCAAAGAGCCAUCCAGGAGGGGACCACCGGCAUGAAAAGAUGCGAGACUCCUCAGAUGUCACUCCUCCCUGCAAAAUGCUCAGGAGGUCUGACAGCCCUGAAAACAAACACAUCGACAGCACAGGGCACAGCAGAGCAAAGACUGUCCACACACACCGGGCCAGAGACAGGGAUGGAGGGACCAGUUAUUCUCCGCAAGAAAAUUCUCACAACCACAGUUCCCUUCAUAGCUCCAACUCACAUUCUAACCCCAGCAAGACCUCAGACACACCUUACGAACCUGGUGACGACUGGUCAGAGCACAUCAGUUCCUCUGGAAAGAAAUACUAUUAUAACUGUAGGACAGAAGUGUCCCAGUGGGAGAAGCCCAAAGAAUGGCUUGAGAGAGAACAGAGGCAAAAAGAAGCAACAAAGACUGCUGUUGUCAACAAUUUCCCCAAGGACAGGGACUACAGAAGGGAGGCAAUGCAAGCAUCGGCAGCCCCUGGAUUUACUGGUCCUAAGUCAGCCCAGGUGGAGAAACCUGCUGCGACCCUUGCUACCCAGUCCCAGUCAUCAUCUUCAGGCUCAGGGAGCUUGAACCCCUCAUCGGGACCACCUGGAUCAUCUGCGUCCACAGUACCAGUGUCCCCAGUCCUUCAGUCUCCAGCUCCUCCACUACUCCAGGACCCCACCCUGCUUCGCCAGCUUCUCCCAGCACUUCAGACUGCCCUGCAGCUCAACAAUGCCAGUGUUGACAUGGCAAAAAUAAAUGAAGUUCUCACAGCUGCUGUCACACAAGCUUCAUUACAGUCGAUGCUUCACAAGAUCCUUACUGCUGGACCAUCAGCUUUCAAUAUCACUGCUAUCCUUUCUCAAGCUGCUCAACUCUCUAACCAAGCAGCUCAGCAAUCAAACCAGUCACCAAUGUCAUUAACAUCAGACGCCUCAUCGCCAAGGUCCUAUGUUUCUCCAAGGAUCAGCACACCACAGACUAAUGCUGGUCCGCUAAAGCCCCUCCUCAGCACGCAGCCUGUCAUCUCACAGCCAAAAGUGAGCAUGGUAACAGCGAAGCUGGCGUCUCACAACCAGCCCACAUCCCAGCAGCCCCUUUCCAGCGAUAAGCAGCACAGCCACGAUGCCACCACGGCCUCCCCACGUACCCUCCAGCGCCAAGGCAGUCAGAGGAGUCCCUCCCCAGGCCCCAACCAUGUCGCCUCCAGCAGCAGCAACGCCCCCAACUCCGCCUCCGCUCCCCCUUCGGCCUCAGGAGCCCGGCCCUCCUGCUCCUUCACCCCCACCCUUGCUGCCCACUUCAGUGAAAACCUUAUCAAACAUGUACAGGGAUGGCCUGCAGAACACGCAGAGAAACAGGCGUCAAGACUACGUGAAGAGGCCCACACCAUGGGCAGCAUCUGCAUGUCUGAGAACUGCACCGAGCUCAAAAACUUGCGGUCUUUGGUCCGAGUCUGUGAAAUACAAGCAACAUUGCGUGAGCAGAGGAUACUGUUUCUGAGACAGCAAAUCAAAGAACUUGAAAAGUUGAAGAAUCAGAAUUCUUUCAUGGUCUGAGAACUUCUGGUUGCGAGUCGGAGCAGGCAUUGAGGGGUGAAAGAGGGGGCAGGGAGACCCAUUGCACAUAGUUGGAGGCUGGAGGGAGAGCAGUUGUUCAGUUCCUCUUGAGCCCAGUCUUAACACUCACACACAGGAGCUGCAGUCAGGUUGGCUUUGGACCGUUGGGCUGGGAGAUCCAAGAGGGAGAAAUGAAGAGCUGUGGUGGCAGGAGGAGGGUGAGGGUGGGUGAUUUACAAGACUGAGCUUUGUAAAAGCCCAUAUUGUGGGGAAAAAAAUGUAGAUUUCUUGUAGAUGUUAUUAUCUAUGUUGUAAAUAUGUUUUGUAGAUUGAAGCCAUGGAAAGCCAUGCCUAUCAAAGCUUUUGACAUCCAAACUAAUCAACGCCUAGGCGGCUACAUUCAUUAGCUAGCCUUUCCUUCAUGUUAACUUGUCUGCAGACUUAAAGCUUCAUUUUGUCAGUUCAAAGAUCAUUGAACCAUUGAGCAUGUGUGUGUGACCUGCAUGGAAACGGAGGAGGAUGUUUGAAGCCAUUUAUUUACACAGAAGCUAGCAUAAAGCAUAACACACAGGUGUCAAUGUAGUUUGUUUCUUUCUUCAAAUCUGGGUGAACUGAUUGUUUUGUCUAGAUUCUUUCCCUCCACCUUCUGUGGGUGAACUGUAACAUGUACUCAGGCGCGGCAAACAUCCCCUCCGCAGAUCUACAGCAAUUGCCAACAAUGGUUCAGUGAUCUGUUUGCAGCUUCUGGUGGCCCUGCAUUUCCCAGUCUGAAAAAAACAGUGCCUGGUGGUGUGGUGGAGUGAGUGAUUUAAAAAAAUUUAAAUAUGAGAUGUGAUGGCGUGCUUCUUUGGACCAUUCCCACUACCCUCCCCUGGCCUCAGCCCUGCCCUGCCACGCCCUCUCCUCACACUUCACCCUCGUUUUUGUUUUUUUUUCUCUUUGUGUUCCUACUGUUUUUUGUUCUUUUCCCCCUCUCCAACUUUUCAAGCUGAGGUGGUACCACUGGUUCAUUCCUUUGUACAGUCGUUAACAUAACAGUGGAGUUUUAAGAAGAGGACAGAAUAAAAAAGGUUUUAUUUAUAAGAGUUGUAGUGAUGAGCAGUUAUUCACAAUGAUAGCCAUGCAUUUUCAUCGGCACCCAGUUUAGGAGUGGUAUUACAGCUGCAGCGGGUCAGAGGUGGGCAAAUGUGGAAGCACCUCUUGAGUCAGCGCAGGGCAAUGAGAGGGCGAAGGUCAAAUGUGAAAUGUAUGUAUUGUAAUAAACAUGUUAAACUAAAGCGAGCACUGGUUAUUUUGUUGGAGUGUUAGGUUUGGUUCAUACGCUAGUGCCUUGUUGAAAGUCUUAAGCCUCAUUGAACCUGCAGACCCCCCAAUUUUUUCUUUCGUUCUCUUUGACCAACAGCAGGAGAUCUUCAACAAGCAUGUCACGCACAGGGUUGUUUUUCUAGCACGUUCCAUCCCUCUCAUUUGUUUGUUCCCCACUGUUGAAGAGCAGGGUCCUCAGCUGCAAAGGCCUGUUUAUUUACCCCCACCAUACUAUCUAUUGAUAACAGAACUUCACCACACAUUCAUAAAGGUGACCACAUCAUUGCUUUGUAUAUUGUUUCCUGAAGUAUAUUGACAAAUGAAAUAAAAUAUGCCUCUCCAGGGCCAUGUCGUUCUUGGCUUUUUGAUGGUCCCUUGAGCUUCA